AUGUCCGGAUCAUCCUCUUUCAAGCAGCUCAAUGUCGCCGUUCUUGGCGGUGGCAUCGGCGGCUUCAGCACAGCACUCGCCCUUCGUCGUGCAGGACACAAGUGCACCGUCUACGAGCGUCGUGGGUUCGACGUCGAGGUGGGCGCUUCCAUCUCUUGCGCUGCCAACGGAACCCAGUGGCUGCACGACUGGAACGUCGAUGUGCCCUCGGGUCGUCCCGUCAUACUCAUGGAGCUCACCAUGCGCGACUGGAACACGGGCGAGAUCCUCAACCAGUACCACCUGGACGACUACGAAAAGACCUGGGGCAACGUCUACAACAUGUUUCACCGUCAAGACAUGCACAAGAUGCUCAUGGACACCGCCAUCUCUACCGAGGGCCAGGGCCCACCUGUCGAGAUCGUCAUGGACCAUAUCGCGGAAGACGUAGACACCGAGACCGGCACCAUCUCUUUCCGCAACGGCAACAAGGUCGUCGCCGACCUCAUUGUCGGAUCGGACGGGAUUCGAUCCAAGGCUCGCGUUGCCAUUGGCGUCACCCCCGAUGUCAAAUCGGCACCACAAACCUGCUACCGAUGCAACGUCUCGAAAGAGGAAGUGGAGCGUCUUGGUCUCACCUGGGCCGCCGACCCUGCCAUUCAGUUCUGGGGCGGCUACCCCAAAGCCGACCUCAACCAGUACUACAAGAUUGUCAUGAGCCCCUGCGCUGGCGGUGACAUUGUGUCCUUCUACUGCUUCAUGCCCACCGAGCUCACCAAGCACCAGUCGGAAGGAUUCGUCUUCGAAGAGGUGCCUCCCGAGGAGAUCUUGGCCGGCGACUAUUCCAAGCUCGACCCGCUCUGCGUCAAGCUGAUCCAGAACUCGGUGGAGCGCAAGCCUUGGCGUCUCUACAUCCACCAGCCCUACUCGCACUGGUACAAGAAGCAGACGUGCAUCCUCGGCGACGCUGCUCACCCCAUGAUGCCUCACCAGUCACAAGGCGCUUGCCAGGCGAUUGAAGAUGCGGCUGCCCUCGGCAUCGUCUUUUCAAAAGAGUACAACUUCACCAACAACGUCGAGGCGGGUCUCCAGCUCUACCAGGAGAUCCGCAAGCCCCGCGCUACACGCGUUCAGCAGGCAUCCGCCGCCGCUCUCGAGAACCUCAACGAGCGCCUUGGCUUCUCGUCCCUCAGCGCACACGACGCCGCAUUGGCUGCCAAGGAGAACAAGCUCACGGUCCAUGAAAUGAACACCUACGACAUGAAGAAGCACGUUCGCGACACGGUCUACCCCAACCAGCAGCAGAGCACGGCCAAUGCUCCCAACAGUGCCAUGACCACCAGCGUCGUCCCACCUACGUCGACAGCGAUUGCCGCUGAUGCUUGA